GCCCGGCCCGGCCCGGCCUCCCCUCCGCCGGCAAAGGGCACUCGCUCCCGAAUUUGUCCCAGCCCCAGCCCCAGCCCCAGCCCCAGCCCGAGUCUGAGCCAGAGCCCCAGCCGCCCCAGCAGCAGCCGCCGCCGCCUUGGGAGUCCGCCCGCCCCCGGCCCCAGGCCCCUCCCAGGCUGUCCGCAGGCCCACUCCCAACCCCAGGAUUUGGGGUCUGGCCUUCUCCUCUGACACCUCAGAUCAUGCCUCUCCUGACCCUAAUGGUGCUUGCUCUGGUGACAGGUGGUGGCCAAGCAGAGACAAGAAUUAUAAAGGGGUACGAGUGUCCAGCCCACUCCCAGCCUUGGCAGGCCGCGCUGUUUCAGAAGUCUCGUCUACACUGUGGGGCUACCCUCAUCAACCAACAAUGGCUGCUCACAGCAGCUCACUGCCAGAAGCCCCAGUACUGGGUGUACCUAGGGGCACAUAACCUUCAGCGGCCGGAUAGCUGCGAGCAGAGAAGGAUGGCGACUGUGUCCAUCCCCCACCCAGGCUUCAACGGCAGCCUCCCCAACAAGGACCAUCGAAAUGACAUCAUGCUGGUGAAGCUGAAAGCCCCUGUGAUGCUGACACGGGCGGUGCAACCCUUACGCCUGCCUGAGCACUGUGCCACUCCAGGCUCUCGAUGCCUCAUCUCCGGCUGGGGGACCACCACUAGCCCCCAGUUGACUCUCCCCCAAACCCUUCGAUGUGCCAACAUAACCAUUAUCGAUCACAGGGAGUGUGAAGCGGCCUAUCCUGGGAAUAUCACAGACACCAUGGUGUGUGCCAGUGUCAAGGAGGCGGGCAAGGACUCCUGCCAGGGUGAUUCAGGGGGACCCUUGGUGUGCAAUGGAACACUUCAGGGCAUCAUUUCCUGGGGCCAAGACCCCUGUGCUGUCAGCCGGAAGCCAGGCGUCUAUACUAAGGUCUGCAAAUAUGUGGAUUGGAUCCAGGAAACUGUCAAGGACAAUUAACCCUGACCAAAGAAUAUUUCCAUCCACCUCCCUCCCGCAUGCCUCCUCUUCUUGUCUACUUUAUGCAUAAUAAAUAGCCCU